AUGACCCAAACCCAUCCUGUGAGAGCCACUCGGCCACUGACACCCACCACAGGAUCACCCAGGUCGGCGCCCUCGGCCCCCGCCGCCCCUCCCCCCGCCGCGGGCGAAGGGGGAGGACCCCCGGCCCCUCCCCCCAACCUGACCAGCAACCGGCGGCUGCAGCAGACCCAGGCCCAAGUGGAUGAGGUGGUGGACAUCAUGCGGGUGAACGUGGACAAGGUGCUGGAGCGGGACCAGAAGCUGUCCGAGCUGGACGACCGGGCGGACGCGCUCCAGGCCGGCGCCUCCCAGUUCGAGACCAGCGCGGCCAAGCUCAAGCGCAAGUACUGGUGGAAGAACCUCAAGAUGAUGAUCAUCCUGGGCGUCAUCUGCGCCAUCGUCCUCAUCAUCAUCAUCGUCUAUUUCAGCACCUAACGCCGCCGGCCCCGCCAGGCCCCGCCCCCAACGCCGCGGGGGCGUGGCCACGCCCAGGCCCCUCCCCCUCCCCU